AUGACUCCCUCACAAUCUCAUGCAAAUGGAAAUGGCAUUGUAACUGGACAUCGUCCAUUGAUUCAGGGAAUAUACGUCCCAACCGUGGCAUUCUUCCAUCCAGACACCGAAGAAGUUGACAUCAUAACAGUCGCCAAACAUGCUUCCAGACUUGCCACUUCUGGUAUUGCAGGUCUUCUUACCCAUGGCUCAAAUGGUGAAGCAGUUCAUCUCACACAUUCCGAACGCUCUCUCAUCACAUCCACUACACGUAAAGCUCUCGAUGAAGCUGGAGCAUCAUCCAUGCCUAUCAUCGUAGGCUGCGGUACUCAAUCCGUCAAGGAAACCAUUGAACUCUGCAAAGAAGCCAAAGAAUCAGGCGGGGACUAUGCAAUUGUUCUACCACCCAGUUAUUACGCAUCACUUCUAAACCCACGAAGCAUAUUGGAUUUCUUCACACAAAUUGCUGAUGCAAGUCCAAUUCCCAUCAUUAUAUACAAUUAUCCUGCAGCACAAGGAGGAUCUGAUCUCACUUCCGAUGUCAUUCUUACACUCUCUGCUCAUCCCAAUAUCGUGGGUGUAAAACUCACAUGUGGAAAUACGGGAAAAUUAGCACGUAUUGCAGCAUCUGCCAAAUCAUCUUUUCUCACCACAGGCGGAUCUGCAGAUUUCAUCUUACAAACCAUGGUAGUAGGAGGUCAUGGAGUGAUUGCCGGAUUAGCCAACUUGGCACCUAAAGCAUGCGUAAAAGUCAUGAGACUUUUCGAGGAGGGAAAAUUAAAAGAAGCGAGGGAAUUACAAGCAAUUGUUGCAAGAGGAGAUUGGGUGGCUAUUAAGGGGGGUUUUGUUAGUGUGAAGGUUGCGUUGGAGAGAUAUUAUGGAUAUGGUGGAUUGCCUAGGAAACCGUGUGCGUUACCUGAGAAGAAGACAUUGGCAGCAAUGAAUGAUGAGUUUGCAGAGUUAUUGGAGUUGGAGCAGACUCUUUAG